AUGUAAUAAUUUAUUGAUCUUUGUAAACUGUUAAUUUCAGAAAGUACAAACCAAGUUUAGAAAGAAUUAGAAAAUCUCAACUAGAAAGAAGCUUAAAUGUUAAAAGAGUAUUAAUAAAAUGAAGAGUAUGAUUAGGAUGACCCAAUCAUCUCGAAAAAUCUAAAUGAAUUAAUUAUUCAUUAUAGAAACUACAUAUUGCAUAAUUAUUUAUAAAAGUAUUAGAAAUUUUUGAUAGAAUUAGAUUAGUUAAUAAAAUUCUAGACUCCAAAGAAAAGAUAUUUCAAAUAAGAAAUAAUUUAAAUACACUAGACUAUUAUUUAGGUAGUUAAAUUAUGACUUUAGAAUAUAUAGCCAAAAAAUUAAUUAAACUUUAAGAUUUAUAAACUUUAAAAAAAAUAAUUUUGAAUGAUUAAAAUCUUCUAAUAGAAGAGGAUCAAUAUUAGGUAAGCCCAAUUAUACUUGACUUAUUCAAUUUGUAAAUUGUUAGAGAUAUUUAUUUUACAUAGUUUAACUUAAAAUAUGGAAUAGAAAUGAAUGAUUAUCAUAGAAAUUAAAAAAAAUUAGAAUUCGAUUUUGAUGAUGAAAAUAAGUUUAACUAAAAGAAUAAUCAUAUAUGGAGCAUCAAAAUAACUUAACCUGAACUCGUUAAUGAUUAUCCAUUCUCUUAAGAUAUUUGUUAAACCUUAAAAAAUAAUUAACCCUCUUAAAAAUAAUCAGUUGUAAAAGAAACUCUAAAAAUAUAAACUCAAAACCAAAAUGAUUUCAUAUAAACAUAGCCAAAUUAUUAAUAAAUAUAAUUAUCCAGAUCUCCCACCUCAUUAGGUAAUAAAAAUUAGUUUUAAUCAUAAUUUUUCAGAUCUCCAACCUCAGGCUAAAAAAAGUAAUUUGAAUUCAAAAUAGAGACUUAAUAAAAUAAUUUUAGUAUAGCUGAAUAAAUAUUAUAAAGAAAAGAUAGGUAAACAGCUUUUUAAAAUAAAAACGAUAAUCGUAAGAAAUAUAUUAUAAACUAUAAAAAUGAGAAUUCUGAUUAAGAUAUUUUUGAUGAAUAAUCAUUUUAAAUAUUGAGGAACUAUUUGGAAGGCAAAUAUACUUAAAAUAAGAUAGAUAGAACAGAAGAUUUAAAAGUAUUGAUAAACAAAUAAAGAUUAUGA